UGGCUCAACCUCAACCCAGGUCGGCCCGGCCCCGGUCUCAGAACGAAGGCGCCGCUGCCGCUGGGCCUCUCGCAGGGCCAUGAAGAAGCGGCGGCAGUCACUGCGGCCCUCGUCAAGGUGACCAGCCCGGACUACAGUGGACCUCUCAGCCAGGUUAUGUCACCAGCAGAGGUGGCGCCGAAGUUCCCUGCGGCCUGGAGACUAUGUACAAGAGGAAUGGUCUGAUGGCUAGCGUGUUGGUCACCUCUGCCACUCCACAGGGCAGCAGCAGCUCCGACUCACUGGAGGGCCAGAGCUGCGACCAUGCCAGCAAGAGCUACGAUGCUGUCGUCUUCGACGUUCUGAAAGUGACUCCUGAGGAGUUUGCCAGUCAGAUCACAUUGAUGGACAUCCCCGUGUUCAAAGCCAUCCAGCCAGAGGAAUUGGCCAGCUGCGGAUGGAGUAAAAAGGAGAAACACAGUCUUGCCCCCAAUGUCGUGGCCUUUACUCGGAGGUUCAACCAGGUCAGUUUUUGGGUCGUACGAGAAAUUCUAACAGCACAGACUUUAAAAAUAAGGGCAGAAAUCCUGAGCCAUUUUGUGAAAAUAGCCAAGAAACUUCUAGAACUCAACAACCUUCAUUCUCUCAUGUCUGUGGUGUCAGCAUUACAAAGUGCUCCCAUCUUCAGGCUGACAAAAACCUGGGCUCUUUUAAAUCGCAAAGACAAGACCACUUUCGAGAAACUGGACUACCUGAUGUCAAAAGAAGACAACUACAAGCGAACUCGGGACUACAUCCGAAGUCUGAAGAUGGUGCCCAGCAUUCCUUAUCUAGGAAUCUACCUUCUGGACUUGAUCUACAUUGAUUCUGCAUACCCUGCCUCUGGCAGCAUCAUGGAAAACGAACAAAGAUCCAACCAGAUGAACAACAUCCUCCGAAUCAUUGCCGAUUUACAAGUUUCCUGCAGCUAUGAUCACCUCACUACCCUGCCACACGUGCAAAAGUACCUGAAGUCUGUGCGCUACAUUGAGGAGCUCCAGAAGUUUGUAGAAGACGAUAAUUACAAGUUGUCACUCAGAAUCGAACCAGGAAGCAGCUCUCCAAGACUAGUCUCUUCCAAGGAAGAUCUUGCAGGCCCCUCUGCCGGCUCCAGCUCAGCCAGGUUCCGCCGGAGGCCCACCUGUCCAGAUGCAUCUGUGGCCGGCAGCCUCCCCACACCGCCAGUCCCCAGACACAGGAAGAGCCACAGUCUGGGCAACAAUCUGAUGUGUCAGUUGAGUGUAGUUGACAGUAAGAGUGCCACAUUCCCAUCGGAGAAGGCCAGGCAUCUGCUGGACGACAGUGUCCUAGAGUCCCGCAGCCCCCGCAGGGGCCUCACCCACACCUCCUCUACCGCCAUCACCAACGGACUCUCCCUAGGCAGUAGUGAGAGCUCAGAGUUUAGUGAAGAAAUGUCUGCAGGGCUGGAAAGCAGGGGACGUCUUUAUGCCACGCUGGGGCCUAACUGGCGGGUUCCAGUUCGGAAUUCUCCCAGAACUCGGAGCUGUGUCUACAGCCCCACGAGCCCUUGCACCUGUACUGUGGGAAGCUCAGCCACUGUGCCCACUAUGGAGGGGCCUCUGAGACGGAAAACCCUGCUCAAGGAAGGCCGGAAGCCUGCACUGCCCUCGUGGACCAGGUACUGGGUUGUACUCUCAGGAUCCACCCUCCUUUACUAUGGAGCCAAGUCCUUGCGGGGCACAGACAGAAAACAUUAUAAAUCUACACCUGGCAAGAAGGUCUCCAUCGUAGGCUGGAUGGUGCAGCUGCCUGAUGACCCCGAGCACCCAGACAUCUUCCAGCUGAAUAACCCUGACAAAGGCAAUGUUUACAAGUUCCAGACGGGCUCCCGUUUUCAUGCGAUACUGUGGCACAAGCAUUUGGAUGAUGCGUGUAAAAGCAACAGGCCUCAGGUAACUUCCUCAGAUCUUGCAUGUCAGCAGAAACCUUUAGACAACAGGUCUCCCUUUUUCCCUCAGAGCCCACUAGGGAUGCUCCCAAGGCACCUGUUCUAAGAUUUUCCCAUGAGUCAAGGCAACCCUUGCACGAAUGAAGCCUGGCCUAGACCACUAAAAAAAUGCAACAGACAUACCCAUUGGGGAACAGGGAGGUGGCAAGUGUGAUGUCAUCCAGUGUUCCAGCUCUAGCAUCUAUUUAGUUUGUCCCCCAGAGCUGAUUUCAUAGGGAAACUGCAAACUGACUAAUAGGUCUGUUUCUCUGCCCGCUACCUGGGGAGUGUCUUAGUAAUAUAUAAAAUAUUUAGGGACAACCAUGUGCCAGGCAAGGCUACUGGACCUAGGUCUGGUCUAGCCUCUUCCUCUGCUGUUCCCACCCCCUUCCUUGUCACCCAUGGCUUUACAUGCAGCCGUUGGCAGAGUGUUUCUAUGUCCCUAUGUUGUGGGUUUUCUUAGUGUUUCCAUUGUACACAGAGGGGCCUGAGGCUCGGAAGUGAAGGACACCUGUGCAAGGUGCCACAGUGAGUGAAUGGUGGAGCUGGGACCCAACUCAGUUCACCUGAUUCUCAACACCUUGUAGCUCCUGACUGAGAGUCCCUGUCAUUGUCCCAGACAGAGAGCCAGGAGUACAGCCCCUGACGGGCACACCUGUCACAGAAAUGGCAGCCUCCAUCCUUAACACAGGUGGGGUUGAGUCGGAGUGUCCUUCCUGCAUGCCACACGGGCAGCACUGAUGCCACAAGGAAGCCCAGAGUACACUGACCUGUGCGCCUGCCGUGUGCCCACCCUGUCCUCACGACCAAAUGUCAAAGCACAUUCACUGUGGUGCCGUCCAUGAUAGGACACCAGAAACCUCCAGCCUGCCUGAGCUCCCUGAGCAACACCAGACAGCUAUCAGCAAGAUGGUGGCAGGCCUAUGGAGGUCAGAAGGCUUUGGAGUAGGCAAGGAUGAUCUCAUUUCUUUUAAAUACACGUGAAGAUUUACUGUAUGUAUGUGAGCACAUUCAUGUAAGAUUUCUACGGUGGUACACAAGAAACUAUAAUUGUAUAAUUUUAGAGUGCUUACUUACCUGUGGCAUAGAUGAUCAGAUAGACAGACAAAGGCUUUUUCAGUGGUGCUGGAGGUUGACCCCUGGGCCUCAAGCAUGCUGGGUAAUUAGUCUGCCAUAGAGGUACACUCCUGGCCAAGCUUGCUUAUAGCUACCCAUUACAUCAGUGUCACUGCCCAUCUCCCAUUUGCGCCCACUGCCAUCUCAGGGCAACAAGGAGAGCAAGAGGCUGAAGCUUGAACGAGGUCGCUGCUGCGGCAAGAUGCAUUAAGAGGAAAACCUGGAUCUUCCAUUCCAGUCUCAUCAGCUUUGGGCUUCCUUCCCUUCCCUGAGCUAUCAGCAAAGAGAAGCUCACCAGCCAUACAUAGGUGGCCCCAGGACCUGUAUGCAAGACGCCAUGUGGUUCUAGGUCUGCCUGGCAGCCUUGAGAUAGGCACCUGGUGGGGGGACAAGACAAUCUCAGCCAGGAGCAGCAAGGGGAGGCCUGAGUGACUUCAUGUUCAGGAAUAACAGCAGCCAGAAAGUGCAGCAAACACAUGCAGCAGACUGGCAUGUUGUCCAGGAGACUCCUCAGUGGGAUUUCAUGCACUGGCCAGUACGGUAUGCCAUGGCCAGGUCCUGUCAUGUGUUUGUCUCCAGUGUUCAGACGUAGGGAAAGAAGGAUUGUCUUUUUAUACCUUGGUUCUUUUUUUUUUUUUUCGGAGCUGGGGACCGAACCCAGGGCCUUGUGCUUCCUAGGCAAGCCCUCUACCACUGAGCUAAAUCCCCAACCCCACCUUGUUUCUUUUUUAUUUCCAAUUUGCUUUUCACCAAUUUGCUUUUAUACUGUGAUGUAUAAAACCUGGGGACAACCUCAAUACUCCAUGGUAGAGGCUUACUUAAAUCAGUCACCGUGCACCCGAGAGACAGCUCAGGAAAGGCAUGGAAAAGGGCAUCACAGCGGUGUGGCCUUCCUCAUGGAAUCUGUGAUGAAGACUGGUUCUAUCUGCACGUCUUAAACUUGUUUGUUCUGACACUGAAUCUACUUAAGCUUAUUUAUAAUGUGUGUGUAAGAAACAAACAACAGUAGAGCUAGAUGUGGUAACACUCAGGAGGCUGAGGCAGGAAGAUCAUGGGGCCAGCCUGGGCUACAUAAACAACCAAAGAAGACAACAAACAAAAACAGCAGUAGAGAAACACUAUAUACUCACCUCAGACAGAACCUAGAAACCCUGACAGGUCCUGAGACCUCCCCUCCCCUAAGUCAGUCUCUCCCUCCCUAACUCCCCUCCUCUCCUGGUGUGUGUUACUUCCCUGUCUUAUUUUACUGUGGUCCUAGGGAGGAGACCCAGGCCUCAGCUGCUAGGCAAGUGCUGCCACUGAGCUAUGCCCAGCCCUCAUUCACAGUGUAAAAACCUCACUUAAAACAGCCAUGCCUGUGUGCUCCCCCUGCUCCCUGCUCCUCUGCACCACGUGUGGCUACAGGGUCACUGCCACACCUCUCUUCUCCAUCAGCUCUGCCUGUCAUCUCAGAACUGAGUCCCUCCCUGUUCCUUGCUCCUAUGAGGCCAUGAACGUUCUUGGAACUGCAUCUUUCUCUGAUUUCUCGUUUUGGUGAAACUGACACCAAGAUGGGUUUUUGUUUUUGUUUUUGUGAAAUAGUGUCUAAUCAUACCAACUAGAACACAAAAGUAAUGCCAAAGGGGGAAGUUCAGAGCUGGGGUCUAGAGGCAGCUGAGGGCCAGGCAGUGCUCUGGCAGGGAACUGGCAGCCUGUGGGGAGGUUUUGGAGAAGAUGAUCUUCCCAUACUUGCACCUUCCUAGCCACUCUCCACCCUCCCUUAAGACAUUCCCCACACUCUGGCCUAGUUUCCCCUCAGAGACAGUCACCACCACACCACACAGUUAGUUGUCUUUGACUGAGAGGAUGGUGCUGAAGAAUGUGGGUUCAGGUCCCAGCACUAACUCUAUGUUUGGCCUCAGUCUCUUCAUCUUCAUUAUGGUGACCCUUCUAGCAUCUGCCCAAUAGAGUUCAUGUGAGGACUCCAGAAACAGUGCAUAUGAAACAGUCAGAGUAUUGCCUGGCACAGGCAGUCACUCCCCAGUGGCAGUUCUCAUUGCCAUGUCCUUCCCUCCCCAUACUUGUAAGGCCCUAACUGUAGGAACUACCCUACCCUUGACCCUUUCUGUGGAUUGAAACUUUGACAAAAGGGCGAGCUUUCUCUUCUAGGUACCCGCAAACCUUAUGUCAUUUGAAUGAGUAUCUGCAGGACUUGGCGUGACAGCAAAGGCUUCUGAGAGCCUAGACUAGGUCUGGCGGAGGAGGGCAGCUCUGGGCGUAAGCUGUGGGCCAAGGCACUGGAGUCUCAUAGCUGGACUCGAGGAAUAUGGCUGUGGCCUCACAGUCCUGGAUGGCUCCCCAGUGUGAGAUCCACCUAUCAACCCACAGCAACUCUCAUGAAUCAUCCUGCAGCAGCACCCCACCAGGUGGUUGUCAGACCCCAAACUGUACACCUCUCUGGACCAUCAUCUGUUCACCAGCUGCUUCUGCAUCAGGGGAGCAUUUGACCCAUGUUGGGUUCUCCGUGCUUUGUGCUGCACACAGAGUAGAUGGUGGUAAUCUUCAAGAGGGCUGGAGAGCAGAGAUGGGCUGCUGGACAGGCUUGUUACACCCCAAGUGCACAGGCCACUCACCCACAGGGCCGCCUCAGAUUUUGUAUACCCCCAAAAGCAUCCUCUGCGUGCGUGCGUGUGUGUGUGUGUGUGUGUGUGUGUGUGUGUGUGUGUGAGAGAGAGAGAGAGAGAGAGAGAGAGAGAGAGAGAGAGAGAGCUCUGAAAAACAUACAUUUUGGCACAAGACUUGUAACAUCACAUACUUACUGGCUUUGAGGCCCUGCUUGAAGCUCUAGUUACAGCCUUGUCCUCUAAGAAAAGUCUGAAGGGAGUCCAGAAGCUCCGUGUUAAGGGUCCCUUGAGUUCUUUUACUGUAAACAAACGAUGCCUUAAAUCGUGUCUCGUUUUCUGUUCCUAUGGGUGCUAUUCAUCUGGACGGCCUGUUCCCUGGGCCCCAGGCCCUCCUGGGUCUUGUUGUCAGCCCGCCUGAGGCAGAAUCAUUUCAGGACCGUGUAUUGGACACUGGCCUGCUUGCUCCCUGCCAUGAGCUUUCCUGGUGGGCCUAUGGCCUUCCUUCUCUUUCCCACUCCUGCCAUGCUGGUGUGGGAAUCUGGGGCCUUUUCUCCCAGCAGCUUGGAGGCCCCCAUAGUGAUCGGUGGUCAGAAGCUAUGCCACCCCGCAUUCUCCCACAGGACAGAAUUGUGCUCCUGUCUUCUCACCCUUGCCACCACUGCCAGGGCCGGCCACACUGAUUCCUGAUCACACAGGGAGCUGAGUGACACGGAGGCCUUAAGCCCCCUCAGUCUUGUUCUAAAUGUAGUCACCAGCAAGUUUUCCAAGUCCAAGGGCCCAGUUGUUGAUGACCAGGUGACAAGAAAGCCAAACCCUAGGGAGUGAGAUGUCCAGCCUCUGCAUUCAUGAACCUUUAUCUGUCACCUGUUGUCAUAAGUAAGGUGAUUUUCACUUUGCACAUUUUAAUCCAAGUGUAUUGCCCCUUGUCAUCACUAAUGCUCUCUGUCCCUCUUCCUCUUCUUCUUCCUCUUCCUCUUUCAAUCUGGGUACCCUAACUCUGACAAGAAAAACCCUCAGUUUUCUGGAAAAGGCUGAAUUUCUGGGUCCCUGUAGGUAUCAUAUUAACCAAUCAUGAGUCUGUCCCAAGAACAGUGGAGAAGCUGCAGACAGCACCAUGACCAUGAACUUGCCACCAGAAAGCACUGCAUUACAAACAAAUGGUGACAUGGCUCUAAACAUGUGGAUGACUUGGUGGGGGCAGGUAGUUGUCACCAUGGAGGUACGUUUUGGUCAAGCCUUGCCGUACUCUGAAGCUAGCCUUCCUGUGGUCAGAGCCUGGAUAUUUUCAUGCUGAGAGGAACUCCACGUGGUAAAGUUGAUGGCAUCAAACCUUGACCACAGCUGCCUUGCACAUCCACCCACACCAGGGGUCCAGGUGUGUGCAGCGGAUUCUUCCAACAUCGUUCCAGCUAGAAUCCAGAAGAUGAAGGACAGUGUCAGACACUCCAGGCAUCUCCAAGCAGAACCAUAUAUGGUCACUCUUUAACCUCUACCAACCCUGAUCCUGCCUGCUAACUCCUAGAAAGCCAGCAUGUCAGCUUCUAGUUUCCUUGAGGCGCCUCUGCUCUGGAGUUCAUACAUGAUCAGUGUCAGACAUCAAAAGCCCCAGAACUUCAGUCCCACUCAGAGAACUUUCUGCCCUUUACAGGUUUGUCUUACCAGACACAAGUGUUUUCUUCCAGGCCUAAUCUGAAAGAGCACAAUCACAAUUAUUUUCCAAGUGUUUAAUCUCCCUAAUUGAAACCAAAUUCCCUCCCCUCCCACAAGCAUCCUUAUCAUGGACUCUUGAAGACAACUGCUUGGACUUUAUUAGUGAAAAGCCUCAUGGGACUCUUGUGAGCCUCGAACAUGGCAGGAGAGCCCUGUAGAUGGAGUUAAAAGAUAUUUGACUCUCCAAGCAGGGACUUAGGCCAAGCAUACAAGCUCAGUGCUAAUAUCCCCAGUGCUGGCUUGUCGCAGGGGAGGUGGCCAGGUCACAUGACAGGGGCAGAGGUCCUAGGUGGAUUCUUAGCCUGGAAGGAAAAUGUUCUGCACUUUUGCUCCAUUGUCCAUAGCACACAUACUGUGAAACUGUUGGUGGUCCUGCCAGUUACUGCCUUGCAGACAGACCAUGGCACCCCAACCUGAGAGCUGUAGAAUGCCAUUUAGAAACUGGGAUGGGCAGCUGGUAGUAUUAUGAAGUCCCAAGAAAAGCCCACUCACUUACAAUAGGAGUAACCUCUGUCCCUCUUUAAUGUACAAGUUUUGUAACUCAAAGUUAGCCAAGUGUAUGCUGGCAAGCAAGAUACCUUGAGGAGACUUGACUUGGUAGGAAGCACCUGAACCACUCUCCUACAUAAGCCAGCAGGAGAGUUUGGCCCUUCCCCUCCCCUGACCAGACGCCCCGGGGCAUUUGUUGGACCAAGAUGCUGAGCAGGUGGACACAGCCGUGUCUUGCUAGCAGGCUCUCUAUAUUUCUCCUUCUUACCAAGAAGGCCAGAGUCUCUUCCGUCACUUAACUCUUGCCUCUCAAGCCUAAGAAAGGUGUGCUGGUAUUUUGUUUGUUUCCUUGUUUGUUUGUUACUAUCAACUUUCAGGUGGAAAAUGAUCUGUAAAACUGGGAAGCCAUUUAUAAGCCAAGACUGCUUUCAUCUGCAUGUGGGGUCCAGAGCUUUGCAACCUCUAUUGAAUAUUGCCAAAAGCACAGCUUCUCUUCUGUGUGACCCUAUGUCAUAUUGAUAUGUUGGGUGAUUUCAUGUUAUAAAACAAAAACAAAAACCCCACCCUGCACAAAGCUCUUUUGAAAGUGUAUUUAUUGUACAAACAUUCAUCCAUAUCUCUAGUGAAUACUUCUUAUUCACCAGGCUCUACCCAGACUGAAAUGGCUAGAAACAAGACAAAUCCAAUGUUGACCUUUGUAGAACUUACCAGUCAGUGAUCAAAUAAUCACCACCUCGCACGCCAACUUUGGCAAGACCCUGCCUCUCCUCUACCCCUGAAUACAAAUCUUGUGCAUUGGUUCCUCCAGGAAGACUUCAGACUGAAUGGGGAUGUUGGGAGAGUAAGUUGCCAUGAGUACUAGCUGGAGUCCCAACACUGGAAGCUGUCUGGCUCUGAACAGCCAGAUACAGGUCUUUGUUCAAGAAUGGUUACAAGGAGGACGCCAAAGGUAGAAUGAGAGAGUAGGGUCUGAGUGCUUGCAGAAUACACAACUCCCUCCCCUCCCUGUUUACUCUAACUUCAGUGUUCCAUUCAAAUACAGUAUGAGUGGGAGCUGCAAGUCCUUGGGAGCCGAGGACUUGGACUUUGGUCCACCUUGUAACCUGCUGCUGCACAAGUGUGUGUCCCGUGGACAGCCCCAAAUUGCCACUCACAGCAGCAAGCCAUUUUGGAAGGACUGUGACCAUUCAGUAAUGAAGUAAUAGUAUUUAUUAGUGAGGUAUACUCUUUAAUAAAUUUUGUGCCAAAAUGCAUGUUUUCCCACUUAGCAUUCAAAAUGUUGUGUAGAGAGUAGUUUUCAAUUUCUUAUGUGUUCUUCCAAGUAAACUGGAAAUAAGUUUUCACAUCUUACUCUACAUCUUACUCUGUUUCUUGUUAAAUCUGCUACACCUCCCAAGCUUUUUUUUCCCAGCAGACCCUGCAUGCAGUUAUGUGAGGAUUUUUCUCUAACAUUUGUAAAUUGUCUCAUCUGCAAUAACCAUGGAACAUCAUCCCUCCUUGGGAUUCUUUAGAUUUUUGGUGAAGUAUUUUGUUACCUCAGUCUUGUAUCAAGUUGCUGUAUUUUUCAGCUUGUUACACUGAUAAUUGUUUCACUAAUUAAAUACUUUCAUGUACAGACAUCUUUGUUUACUUUGAAAUUAAAUGUGUUUUCCAAUAAA